AUUGUAAUGAUGCCACUUUGCGCACUGAAAUGCUUGCGCAUUUGCAUAAAUAUUUUUUAAAAGCUAUACGUACAGAAACAUUUGAACAAAUAUUCAAAGAUUUGAAUGAAAUGGAUUCGUCUUUCUUGUGUAGUCAUAUCGGGAUAUGGAAACAAAAGUUUGAAAAGAAAUUGUACUCAAUUGCAAUCAGUUUUAGAGUUAAUAAAUAUUUACAAGCUAUUAUAUCUAUUUAAUUAAUAGAUUAACGUUUUUAUAUUUUUUUAAAUCAAAAUAAAUGUAAUAUAUAUUGUGCUGUUAUUGACAACAAAACAGUAAUCGAAAUGAACAACAUGUUGACUACUGUUUUGAUUCAUAGAAGGAGAAGAGCUGCAUUAAGACGAGCGGCUAACUUGAAAAAAAUUUGUGCCUUAGAAUCACUAUUGUCUUAUUACAGAAAUACAAAUAGUCGAAAUGUAUGGACACACGAAAGGGGUAGCAGAUUUUGGGAAGAUGAUGUGCCAAAAUAUUCCGAUUGCCAGUUUAAAAAUAAUUUUCGGAUUGAAAGAUCAACUUUCUCGUACUUAGUAAACAGAUUUCAGCAUCUCAAAAGGCGUGAUACUAACAUGCGCAAAGGCAUAUCUGUUGAGAAGCGUGUCGCAGUUGCUCUCUACGCACUUUCGUCUUCUGUCGAAUACAAAAAAAUAGCUAACCUAUUUGGAAUUGGUAUAUCAACGGUUUGUGAAAUGGUGUUGGAAUUUUGUGAGAGCGUUAAUAAUAAACUAGCUAAUGAGUUUUUAAAGGAUUAUCCUUUUACUGAUGAAAGAUUAAAGGAAAUUGUUGAAGGUUUUCAAAGUUUAGGAUUUCCACAAUGUUGUGGUGCAAUAGAUGGUUGUCAUAUUGAAGUGUCUCCAUCAAAACAACAGGCCCCAGAUUACUACAACUUUAAGGGAUGGUAUUCUAUUAUACUGUUUGCAGCAGUAGAUCAUAAAUGUCGCUUCACUUACAUAAAUGUUGGUGGUACAGGGAGUAGUAAUGAUUCACAUAUUUUUGAAAACUCCUCCCUUAAGAGAUAUCAUGAAGAAAAUGACAUUUUUAAAAAAUAUAUUAACGUCGAUGGUGUAAACGUACCUAUAAUGUUAAUAGGUGAUUCUGCUUUUCAGUUAUCAUCAAUAUUAAUGAAACCAUAUCCUUAUCGAAUAAACCAACCGGAACAUGAAAGAAAUUUUAACAAAAAGCUGUCAUCAUCAAGACGUGUUGUUAAAAAUGCCUUUGGUCGUCUGAAAGCAAGAUUUCGGCGUCUCGGAAAGGGUUUCGAAAAUCGUAUUGAAAAUGUGAGUAGCAUUGUUAAGGCAUGCUGCAUUCUCCACAACAUCUGUACUGAAAGGGAUGAUCGUAUAGUUGAGUCUUGGCUACAAUUCAUUCCUUCAUCCAAACAUCAACCUAAUGUAUCAACAACACUGGGAAAUAAAGAUAAAGAUGCUAACGCUAUACGAAAUGCAAUAAGUUCUUAUUUAGGUUUACUACCAAAUGUGAACGUUACAACAGACGAAGAUGAUGACAUUGACAGCGAAGCAGAUCUCAUCGACUGUGACGACAUACCUACAAGUGGUGCUAACGCAGUUUGCGACGCUGAUAAUUUGCUGUCGACAUGACUGUUGGCGUCCUACAUAAGUUGAAUUAAUAUCACUGUUGGCGAUACAAUUGCUGCUGCAAUCACUAACACGCCUGAUUUGCGUCGAAUUUUCAGUAUUUAAAUAAACUUAUAAUAGAGAGGAAAUGAGCACAAAUUUGUAAAGUAUUUUUUGCAUUUAUUUUAUUUAUUAAUUCAAUGGUUAGUUCAGCAACUAGGAACAAAAUAUAUAGUUUAAAAAUGUUAUUUACAUUGGAAAAUACACUCAAGGAGAGGGUUGAUAAAAUUCGAAUUUAAGAUAACGCAAAUUAAGUUAAUGUCCUGUUGGUUCAUUUAUAAGCAGAUUCAAUUAGUUACACUAGCAUUUCAAAAACUAGAAACGGACUAUUACCAAUCAGCAAACAAUUUCAGACGAUUAAUGGUUAGUAUUUGGCAAGUUUCGAAGCAACUAUAUAGUUAGCCCAAUUCAAUUCAUUAAAAUAAAUUUUUGCAAUUCAUGUUUUCUGCACUAUGA